AUGAGCUGCGCGAGACGCGAAUGCAUCAGCGUCCAGCUACAGGAGACGGAGGCGAGGACCAACUCCAUGAACGUGGGUCAGAAGCCCACGGAGGGAAGCUCGCUGGACACGCCCAAAGGUUACAUCGCGCCAAUCGCUGAGCCGGCCAACGAGAUCUUGAGCUUCCUGUGGCCCCGCAUCUCGCAUUGGGCACACGAGAUGAUCACGAAGGAGAUCGGUCCCAUGGUCCGCUCCGCUUUGCCGUCGCAACUACAGGGGGCUGACUUCGACAAGGAUCGUUGUCACUUAGGGGAUGAGGCGGUGCAGUUCACAAGCAUCAAGAUCUUCGAUCGCAAGGAGAAGACUGCUGAAGGCAUGUGCGAGAACAUCGUGUUUCGCUGUCGUUUUGAGUGGAACGCUGACCUCAAUGUUAUCUUCAAAAUUGGCGGGGCCGAGAUGGGUGUCCAAGGCAUGGUGAUGAAGGGGCAGCUUCUGGUGGAGCUUGUCCAUAUGAUCUCCUAUCCGCCCAUGUUCAAGGGUGUGCGGCUGUUCUUCCUGGAUGCCCCGGAGAUGGAGUUGAACUUUGCUGGGACGGGCUCCGACCUACUGAACAUGAGUAUCAUUCACCGACGCAUCAUGGACGUCUUUACAAGUGUGCUGGCGAGCUCAUGUGUGGCGCCCAGAUAUCGCGGAUUCAAGUUGAUAUCCCAAGUGGACCUCUUCUCCAUCGUGAGUCCGCCCCCGGAGGGAAUUCUUUGGGUUACGGUCUGGAAUGCGAAUGACUUGCUGGCGAUGGACACGAACUUCUUCGGCAAGGGCACUUCAGAUCCCUACGUGAAGAUACGGAUCGGGGCACACGUCUUCCGGUCAGAGACGCAGUACAAGACUCUCUCACCAGUGUUCAACUACAAGCUGUCGGUUCCUAUCACCUCGCUCCACGACCAGCGGAUCUGGAUCGAGCUCUACGACCAUGACUUUAUCACGAGGGACGACUUCCUGGGCAGAGUCAGCGUUCCCGUGGAGUUGUUGGCCACAUGGGGCAAGGACAAGAAGGUCACCGUGUCGCUUCGAGACGAGUUCGACCAGAAAGGCAAGAACGGCAGCGUCACGCUCAGCGCCGAAUGGCAGCCCGUGGUUCAGGAAGUGGAUGCCGCGGGCCAGGACCACCCUGCCGGCGUGAUCACCGCGGGAGUCUUCUGCGCUAUGCAGCUGCCCGAUGUGGAUGAGACCACACAGUACUGGGUCACCGCCACCUGCACGGAUUUGAUGCCCUGCGCCACGCAGCACGACGAUGAGAAUGCCACGGCUCACGAGUUGACGACGGAGAAGACGCACGCAGUUGAGGUGCAGGAGGAGUGGGACGAGAAGUCGGACCCAGUGAACCUGCGGCUCAUGAAGGACAAGGUGGAUCUCCUGCGCAAGCACGGCAUGAGCGACAAAGACAUCAUGAAGGUGCUGGACUUAGCAGGCGCCGCGGAACGCUUGGAGGCGUGCGGACUGAGGGAUCAUCCGGAAGAGGGCUGGGCAUAUCUUCCCUUCCCCUUGCCAGAUGUGAUCUACCGCUGCCUGGUUUCAAUGAGCGGCUAUUUGGGCACCCCGCUUGGAAGCGCACUUGUCCCGGGCUUUGGUAACAUGGAGGUCUGA